UUGGGCAACUCGGUUUGUGACUCGUUCAAACCUCUCGGUGGUCGUGAACAUCGGAUGAGGAAUGCUUGUGAGCGCUUGGGUUUAAUCUUGGGGCUAGUACACUCCGGUGGAACCUUCACGAGGGGAGAAAUAUUAGCCUUAAGACAGUGACUAUAUGACUCUCAAUCUCACAGGCAACAUCUUUCUUACUCUUAAUAUUUUCAUAUUGUCAUAUUUCUAACUUCUUGUAUUUCCAUACAUUAUGUGCUCUAUUUAUUCUUGUGAAAAAUAAUAUUUGUGAAUAAAAUCCAAACAACAUCUUGGUCAAUGGUUCCGAACAAGCAAGCGAACAAGACCGAAUUCAAUUUUACAUGGAGAUUACCAGUGGAUUUGGGAUUUCGGUACCUGCUUAGAUUGCAUUUCUGUGAGCUUGAAUAUGAGGUAAAAGAGAGUGGCUGGAGGGAGUUUAGUAUCUUUGUUAAUGAACAGGUUGUUGAGGCUAAAGGUGACCUUGUCAAAUGGAGUGGGGGAAAUGGGGUUGCGGUGUACAAAGACUAUGUGGUGAUGAUGGAAGGAGAUAGGAUUGAGGGCAAGCAAGAUUUGCUUAUAGCACUGAGCCCUCACAACCAUGGAUGGACGGAACCAAUUGAUGCAACUCUAAAGGGGAUAGAGGUAUUCAAGUUGAGCAACCCCGACAAAAAUCUUGCUGGGGUGAACCCAGUGCUGCUAGCACGUGCUUCGACAUCUCCAAAGCCCAAGAAGUUGGUGUUUGCUACUGGAGGAAAUGCCAUUGCAACAGGUGUAGUAAUUUUACUCACUGUGUUGAAUAUCAUUGUUUACCAAUUGCGUAGUUUAGGUGAAAAUAGUGCGGGGAGAAAUCUCUCUUCGUCAACAUCGGAGGGGUUGUGCCGUCGUUUUACACUUGCUGAGCUCAUGUCAGCGACCAAUAACUUCGAUGAUGAAUUGGUCAUUGGAAGUGGUGGAUUUGGUAAGGUCUACAAAGCGCUUAUUGAUGAUGGCGCAACAACGGUUGCCUUAAAGCGGUGUAAAUUGAAGUCUCAAGGGGCAAAAGAGUUUUGGACAGAAAUCGAGAUGCUUUCCAAGCUUCGACAUACGCAUCUCGUAAGUCUUUUAGGCUAUUGCGAUGAAAGCAAUGAGAUGAUCCUUGUUUAUGAGUUUAUGGAGCAUGGUACACUUGCCGAUCAUCUCUACAAAACAAAAACCAGCGGUGAUGGUAUCUUUGACCAUAUGUCAUGGGAGCAAAGGCUCAACAUUUGUAUAGGUGCUGCUCGUGGAUUGGAUUAUCUCCAUACAGGUAUUCGUCACGGUAUAAUACACCGAGAUGUGAAGACCACAAACAUCCUAUUGGACAAGGAUUGGAUAGCUAAGAUUUCAGAUUUUGGGUUGUGUAAACUGGGCUCAACAAGCCAUUCCCACACGCACGUUAGCACAGAUGUUAAAGGCUCAUUUGGGUAUUUCGAUCCCGAGUAUUUCUUGACCCGUAGGCUAACUAAGAAGUCAGAUGUGUAUGCCUUUGGUGUCGUGAUGUUGGAAAUGCUUUGUGGGAGGCCAGCAGUUGAUAUGCGGGUUGAUGAGGAGCAACGUAGUCUUGUCCUAUGGGCUAAACAGGGCAUCAAAGAGGACAAACUUGAUCAACUUAUUGACCCCAGUUUGAGGGACCGAAUCUCGGCACAUUGUCUGAAAUUGUUUGCGGAAGUUGCUAAUAAAUGCUUAGAUAGUCUUCCAAAGGGACGGCCUACAAUGGCUGAUGUGGUGGUGAGACUCGAGUACGCAUUGGCUUCAGAGAGGGCUAUGGACGAGCAGUUUGGUGAGAACGCUCAAAGGGAUGACUCUCUUCCACGAGGCGAUGCUCCUUCCUCCUCCACUUCGGCCUUGUACAGUGAGAACACCCAAGGCCAGAAUAGGUCAAAGGGAAACGUUAGCAAGGUGUUUCAGAGGACUAUUAAAUUUCUAGCUAAAGGUGAUCAUAUCAAGUUGAAAAAAAGAAAGGGAUAUGAUUCCAAUGGUGAACAAUCACUUUCAGCUGUUAGUUCCACCCGUUCAAUAUUGAAGUGGAAAAAUGUCACUCUUCCAUUCCGUCGUUUCUCAGUUGGAGGCAAAAUCCCUAGGAACUUCUCAUCCUACUUUACAGUUGGAAGCAAAAUCCCUAGGAACUUCUCAUCCUCAGCUGCAAGUGGUGGCAAUGAGGCAUAUCCCAGUGGGCAGAUCUUACCCACCCCGAAUUUAAGGAUAUUCAGUUUUUCAGAAUUGAAGACUGCCACCGGAAAUUUCAGGAUUGAUACGGUAAUUGGAGAAGGAGGUUUUGGCAAAGUUUACAAGGGUUGGCUUGAGGAGGUGGUCACAUCAAAGAACGGUAAUGGUUCAGUUGUUGCUGUCAAGAAGUUGGACUCCGAGAGCAAGCAAGGAUUCGAAGAGUGGCAGUCUGAGGUCCAUUUCUUAGGAAGGCUUUCUCAUCCUAACCUUGUCAAGCUAUUGGGAUACUGUUUGGAAGACAAUGAGCUACUCCUUGUGUAUGAAUACAUGAAAAAGGGCAGCUUGGAAAACCACCUUUUUGGAAUGGGCUCUGCUGUUCAGCCACUUCUAUGGGACAUAAGGCUUAAGAUAUUAAUAGAAGCAGCUCAAGGUCUCGCAUUUUUGCACACAUCAGAGAAACAAGUGAUCUAUAGAGAUUUUAAGGCCUCGAAUAUAUUGCUUGAUGGGUGUUACAAUGCCAAAAUAUCGGAUUUUGGGCUGGCUAAAUUGGGUCCCUCAGCUAGCAAAUCACACAUUACAACACGGGUUAUGGGCACAUUUGGCUAUGCAGCUCCAGAGUAUGUUGCCACAGGGCAGUUGUAUUUGAAGAGCGACGUGUAUGGUUUUGGUGUUUUGUUGAUUGAGAUGCUAACAGGACUACGAGCAGUUGAUCCAAACCGUCCCCAUGGGAGACUAAAUGUUGUUGACUGGAUCAAACCACAUUUAUCUGACAGCAGGAAGUUGAAGCAGGUAAUGGACUCCCAGUUGCAAGGAAUAUAUCCUUCCAAAGCAGCUCUUCAAAUAGCUUAGCUUGCCCUAAAAUGUAUUGAACCUGAACAAAAGACGAGGCCAUCGAUGAAAGUAGUAGUGGAGACGCUGCAACAUCUUGUAGAAAACGAUGAGAAGCCUAAAGAGCCUAGAGUUCAUCCCAGAAAUCGUACUACUUCUCAUCACCCUCGUGGUCCACAGCAGCCUUUGCACCAUUGAUCUCCACAUCACCCGAGGCACCACGACCACCAGUCCUAUCAACUCCCUCUACCCGCACGGUAGCUUUGGUACACCACUUCCCACGAGGGCUGAGCAGGUUGUGAUGAAUCUGCGUGUGAAGAUUCUAUCGAUAUCAAACUGCCCCUCUCUCUCGUCUGCUACAGAAAUUGUAAUGAGUUUUGCUGUUCUAGUGGUGCUAUGUUCUUAGAAGAAAAGAAUGUAAGGAAUUGAGAUGUAAUUAUUUUUGUUGGUCUCUUGACUUGUGCUUGACAACAUGUUAACACGGCCAUUAUAUGUACACCAGGAAGAAACAAUUUCUGUUUCGUUGAGUUGAUCAAAAUCGUAUGAUAACGUGCGUUGUUGCAACCUCAUGCAUUGAAAUUUAUUUGAAA